GCCAGUCUUUGCCAUGAGGAAGUAGCUGGAGAACGUUAUCCAGAGCAAGUGUGCUGCAGCUAUGGCUGGAAACAGGAACGUAAACAUUGUUAUCGUAGGCAGUGGGAUAGCGGGGAUCGCUGCGUGUCACAGGCUGGUUAAUUCUGGGUUCACUAAUGUCCACAUACUUGAAGCAACUGAAAGAAGUGGAGGACGAAUUAAAACUGGCAGAUUUGGUGAUAAAGUCAUUGAGAUUGGUGCAAACUGGAUCCAUGGACCCUCUGAGGAAAACCCGGUUUUUUGUCUGGCCCGUCAUUAUGGGCUCUUGGACCCAGAGGCUCUGACCCAAGAAAACCAGGCCUUCGACCUGGGAGGAGAAACACCCUGGAUUACCAACAUCUUCAGCAGCUCAGGUCGGAAGCUGAGUGAGAAGGACAUCUAUCCAGCUCUGGAGAUGUUUACCGUGCUGCUGAAUGAAAGUUCACAGUUUCAGAAUCAAAUGGGAGAACCCUAUACCAGUGUGGGAGACUUCAUACGCUCAGAGGUGAGAAAACGAUGUGUGGAGAAGUGGAAAGACAUCGACUCAGCCACCAGAUCCUUUCAGCUGUGUGUGAUCAGUGGCAUGCUGAAAAGAGAAUGCUGUGUUAAUGGCUCACACAGCUUAGAUGAGGUUGGUCUGGGGGCCUUUGGCCAAUACAAGACCUUUCCUGGAUUGGACUGUACAUUCCCAGGUGGCUAUGAAGGUCUGAUUGCAAACUUGAUGUCAGAGCUCCCUGAUGAUAUAGUAAAGUACAAUCGACCUGUGCGGAGUGUCUACUGGAGCAACAACGAGAAACAAAGCUCAGUAAUGGUGGAGUGUGAGGACGGGGAGAGGAUCAACGCAGAUCAUGUUAUCGUAACAGUGCCUUUAGGAUACUUAAAGAGACACCAUUCACGUCUGUUCCACCCUCCUCUCCCUCUUCACAAGCUGCACUCCAUCCAGAGGCUCGGCUUUGGAACCAACAACAAAAUAUUUGUGGAGUUCAACGAGCCGUGGUGGGAUGCUGACUGUGAUGUCAUUCAGCUGGUGUGGGAGGAUGAGGAUGCGUUGGUGGAUCAGGUCUCAGAUGUGAAGAGUUCUUGGAUAAAGAAGCUGUUUGGUUUCACUGUCCUCAAACCCACUGAAAGGUAUGGUCAUCUUCUCUGUGGGUGGAUCGCAGGGCAUGAGUCUGAGUACAUGGAGACACUACCUGAGCAGGAGGUCACAGAUGUUGUCACACAACUUGUCCGCAGAUUCACAGGGAAUCCUUCCAUCACUCCACGGAGGAUCCAGCGCUCCCAAUGGUUCCACAACCCCUGGACAAAUGGAUCUUACAGCUACUUGGCAACGGGCUGCUCACAGCAGGAUCUGGAGAACAUGAUGGAGCCUCUGCCAUCCAAUGCAUCGAAAGCCAGACCCCUGCAGGUGUUGUUUGCUGGAGAAGCCACUCAUCUCUGCUACUUUUCCACCGUCCAUGGAGCGCUUCUCACUGGCUGGAGAGAAGCUGACAGACUCAUCUCCCACUACUCCUCCACUAAUCCCUCCAGGCGCCGAAUGGCAAAGCUUUAAAAGAGCCACACGAUUGCUAAAAUAAAAAGAUACUGCAAAUGUAUGCAAUUUAAGGCUUACUUCUAUGAAAAAAUAUUAUACAUAAAUUACAAAACAUGGGGUUUUGUAGAUAAUUUAGACUCUAAUUCAUUUAAAAUUGGUUACUUAAAAUUUGAAAAAGCUUGAAUGAGCUAAUGGCUUGUAUAGUAGAAGAUGUAUCAAUCCAGAGCUUUAAAGAUGCCACUUACAUACAGGUAAAUUUUAAUAUUAUUGAAAAGUUGAUGUUUUUCAGUAACUGUUCACUAAGUGAAACACACUAUAUUGCUUAAUUGCCUACCAACUAAUGUUUUCAAGUAGUUGUGAUGAUUUUCCACUUAAUGAAAGGGAUAUAAUUAUAAGAUUAUAAUAAUUAAUUGGACCAAUAAAAACAUUUUUAAUACACAAAUGUGGGUUUUAUGAAAAGUGUGUCUACUAUCUGCUUAAAGGUUAUUUUUUUAAAGUUUUAAUCUGAGAAAUGAGCCUCAUGGGAACACAUAUUCCAAUUAACUGAAAUGUUCCUCUACACUUAUAGCCAUAUGGACCUUUUUGUAAAUUUUUAAUAAGAGUACAUGUGCCAUAUUAAUUAUGAACUACUUUUUAAAAAAUGCAUAUUAAUUUCUAAAUAAUUUUCUUGUCACUGUAUCAAUCAAAUUGCUAUUUAUGAAUUAAUUAACUGUGAAUCAAUUUUAUAUUUGUCAUAUUUUAUAUGAAGUACUGUAUGGCUUAAAAGCUGAAGUUGCCAAAUCCAUACUGUAACAAAAGGUUUGAUUAUCUGUCACUUGUAUUGUCAUUAUUAUUAAAAAUUAGUGUGAUUUAUUUAGCAUAUCAAUAAUCUUACCCUUCCACAAGAAAAUAUAAAUUUCUAACACA